AUGGAGACAUUCAACACAAUGCCCCCGCCGCUUGCCGUUGCGACCCCAGACGACAACAUGAGCCUCGGGCCAGACGUCGUGGACGGGCUUGACCCCUCCAUCUUCGACGACUCGCUGAUGGACAGCGUCCAUGGCGCAUUUCCUUCACUUCCAUUCACGCCCACCUACGACUUUCAAGAUUUCUCUGCCGGUUUCGACGACCCCUUUUCUUAUUCUGCCCGGCCUUACGAGGCUCAACCGCCGAUUGAGGACCCGAACCAGGACUCCCCGACGCAAGAGCUGGACAACAAGUUGCUUGGCUUCUCAGCUGCCGCGCCGAGGGCCACGCUUGUCGACGAGGCAGGGCAGCACGUCGAUAUAUCAUCCAUGACGGCUGAGCUGCGUGGCAUGUUCUUCGUCGCCGAGGACGUGUUCGGCGGGGACACGGCUGGGAGACCCCUUGAGCUGACCUGCUACCGACGAAACCUAUGGCAGUGUCUUGGGGAGAUUACGCUCCCACGACACAUCACACAUGUCAUUGACGAGCACGGAAAUCACAUGCCCGUAUUCGAAUUGUCGGCCUCCAUCGGUGCCGUGGAGUCCAUUGAGAGUAAAGGGACCGAGAUCAUAUCGAUACCCUGGAAGAGCACCAACCCUAUGCCAGGCGAGGAAAUGAAGGCAACGAGUGCGCCGCCAAAUUGCCCGCUCGAUCUCAGUGCCGGACAGGAAGUCGACGCGAAUCGUGUUACGCUGAACAUGUCCUGGAAGAGACUUCAGUUUAAGCACGCGACGGCCAACAACGGAAGACGGAAAGGCUUGCAGCAACAUUACGUUGUGCAGAUUAACCUCCUUGCAAGACCACAGUCGGGCGAUUGGGUCAAGGUUGCGGAGAUUGCAUCCAGUCCCGUCAUCGUCAGGGGGAGGAGCCCGAGAAAUUUUGACAGCAAAAAGGACAUACCCCUGACGGGAGAGAAGAAGUCUGGUGCACGGAGCAAUUCAGAUGCUUCCAUGCAGCAUAGAGACAGCAAUGGGGGGCAGCCGCCACCACUGCAGAGAUUGUCGUCAUCUGGGUCCAGUGUUCAGUACACCGGCGACUGGCCGACACCACAACCGUCGAAAGAGCAAAACACACUGCACUCGGCAAAGAGGCUAGCCAUGUCUCCAGGCAUCUCACGGCCACCAAUACCGUCCUGGUCCAACGAGCCCAGCAGGUCUAUGGGGCACGCAUUGCUAGCUAGUAGCAAUGCACGGCAGGGAGUGUCCGGCCCAAUCAAUCUUUCUCUAUCCGAAGACGAGAGGAGUCCGAACAGGUCAAGUGCGGAGCUGCAGAGUCCGCGGUUUUCAAAGACGGCCGCUGCCACGAGACCGACAGCCAGUCAGAGCCCCAAGGAUGACGAGGAUAUGCUUUAUGAAUACUUUCCCCUCAGUGUGGACGACUGGAUGCCUCCAGUUGAAGCCGUGUAUCGGCCCCACAUUGUACACCACACCAUUGUGCCUGCUGAGCUCAAGGCUCAGCAGAUGCGGAGCAAGAUGAAGAGAUACUUCACGGCUGAGUCUUGA